AUGGCCACUGCCUAUCGGAGAGCCGACGACGACGAUCUGGCCUAUGGCGAGCGAUGGGACCAUGAUCGCUUGGCCUACGAGAGAGACCGCUUUGAGGAGCGCGAGCGCGAGCGUUAUCCUCCCCGUGCACCUCCCCGCGAACACAUUCGUGAGGCUUCCGUCGACGAACGAUUCAUCGAGCGUCGCGCUCCACGACCAUGGGAAGACCGCCCCCCCGUCCGCGAGAUGCGCUACUAUGACGACGAUGAGGCAUCUCGACCCCCGCGCCGACGUCGUCGUCCCUCCCCUCCGCCAGAUCUGGAGAGGGGCAUCUCUUAUGAGAGAGAGCGGGACCACGAUUAUCGCGGCCCCUCGCCGCCUCGUCGCCCGCCCGGACUCUUGCGACGUCAAUCAUCCCUAGAUACCUUUGACCGACGCCCAGCCCAGCGACUAUACGACCGCGACGAGUACGGACCUCCCGCUCGCCGCAAGGAGUACCGUCCAGACCCCUACGAGCCCAUCCCUUUACCCCGCUCCCGUGCUCUACCUCCGCCGAGGAUAUACGCCGAGAACGACUACGAAGAGAUCAAAGUUGCCGAACCCCAACGUUACGGUGAUGACGACUUUCAUGCAUACCCGGAACAUGUCCUUGAGAGGGAGAUAGUGCGGCACAAGAAGGUCAGGGAUCGAAGCGAAUCGCGAACUAGCCGGCCACGUAGACGUCAAAGUCGCUCUCGCCGUGGCAGCUCGCGCUCUUCGUCGACUUCUUCCAGUAGUAGCAAUACGGGUGGUACUACCCUCACCACCAAAAGCGAAUAUCCCAAAAAGGGAAAGACCAGGAUUCCCCUUCGCCUCAUCAAUAUUAGGGCGAUUGCGGAGCUUCAGUAUCCUUAUGUCAUAGAAGGAAAUACUGUCAUCGUUCAAAAGGCGUUGGGCCAACAGAACAUCGAUGACUUGCUAAAGCUCAGUGAUGAGUAUAAGAAAGCCGAUGCUGAACUAGCCGCGGCUCGCUCAGUUCCUGGUCCCGUGAUUGAAGAGCGUAGGGAAGAGGUGUUCACUAUCCCGCCACCUGCGCCGCCUACAGUCAUUAGAAACCCACCACCGCCUCCUCUGGUUGCUCCGGUUGAAGUGGUUAAGGAAACCAUGGUACGUGAAGUGUCGCCAAGUCGUAGCUAUACCAGUUAUGCCCCCACUAGCUAUACUACUACCACUGCUCGGGCUCCGGUUGUUGUCGAUGCUGGCCCGCGCGAAGUGAGCGACAAUGUCCUCGUCGGGCCACUGGCAUUGGUUGGGGAUAGACGUGUGGAUCACCAUCAUCAUCACCACGGACACCAUAGUCAUAGUCACAGCAGGGACCGCGAGCUCGUGCGAGCUGAGCGCCUACCUACAGGCGAACUGGUCUUGUAUGAAGAAGAAGUGGAAAGAAUUGAGGAACCCAGGCGCGGGGUGCGCAUCGAGAAGGACAAGAAAGGUAGGAUGUCCAUCAGCGUACCAAAAAAUCGCAGGUGA